GAAUCUAUAAAUCAAGUUGGGAAGAACUGACAUCUUGACAAUACUGAGUCUUGCUACGCAAGAACAAGGAAUAUCUUUCCAUUUAUUUAACCCUUUGGGUUUUUUUUAUUAGAGUUUUGUAUUUUUCCUUAUAUAGAUCUUGUACACAUUUUGUUAGCUUUAUACUCAAGUGUUUCAUUUUGGGGAAAUUAUAUUGUGUUUUUAAUUUCAAAUUCUACUCAUUCAUUACUGGCAUAUAGGAAAAUGAUUGACUUUUUUUUUUUAAGUAAUCUCUACACCCAUUGUGGGACUCAAACUCACAACCCUGAGAUCAAGAGUUGCAUGCUCUACUCACUAAGCCAGUGAGGCACCACAUAAAAUGAUUAACUUUUGUAUAUUAACCUUUCUAUAAUCACUUAUUGUUUCAAGAAUUUUUGCUGUUGUUGUCAGUUCAUUUGGACUCUCUACACAAUCAUGCCAUUUGUAAACAAAGACAGUCUUAUUUCUUCCUUCUCAAUUUUUAUACAUUUUAUUUCCUUUUCUUGUCUUAUUACAUUGCAGUAUGAUGUUGAAAAUGAGUGGCGAGAAAGGACAUUCUUAGCUUGUUCCUGAUCUGAGCUUCUGUGAAAUUCACAAGUACCUCUGAGUUUCCCCUCCUUAGGUGGGACAGGAUGGGAGAGUGAGUACACCAUGAAAUGUUACGGCAUGCUGGAGUUGAGUAUUUCCUUCUCCCCAGAUUGGUUAAGCUCUGAUAAAACUCCAAUAGUUUAGGUUCUGGUAAGACAGUUUCUCUUUAGGGAAGGCCUUGUUAAGAUGAACAGAAUGUUCUGGCAUGUUUCACAAUGGUUCCUUUUCUCCUCCUUCUUCCAGAAGUGUAAGGGGACUUUUCUCUGAUAUUCACUGUGAAAACCUGAUCAAGGUGGGCUGGAGGUAAAACUCACUAAAUUGUAAGGAUGUCCCUAAGAUUGGAUACCCCCAGAGUUUGUAAUCUCUCAGAUUUGUCCACCCUGAACCUCCAGCAAUUCAUCAACUACAGUUCAAAUUUCCUAUCCUCAUAUUGGUUCUUGCAGGGGUUUAUAUACUAGUAAGUUGUGAUUCUCUGUAUUUGUCUUUCUAUCUCUCUAAUUUUGAGAGCCACAGUUUGCCGUAUGAUCUCAUUUCUCUGACGAACCUAAGAAGAGUUGUUGAUUUUUCAGUUUGCUUAGCUUUCUACUUGUUGUUAUAAUGGAGUGGCCACCUCCAAGUUCCUUGCAUGCCACACUAGAAACUAGAAGUCCACUCUUUUUUUUUUUUUACCUUUUUUAGUUUCAAUCAAUAAGCAUUUCCUGAAUCAUUAUAUUCCAAGCACUCUGCUAGACAUUGAGUAUACAAGGAUAAGUCCUUGCUGCUGAAGUUCACAGACCAAAAGGAAGUAUAGACAAAUUACAAUACUAUGUAUAAAGGUUAUGAAAGAAGUAAGCACAAGCUGCUGCAGGAUCACAAAGUCUGGGACUGAGGGUUGAAUUCAGAGAAGGCUUCCUCAAAAGGGUUAGAUUAAAGUGAAUCCUGACUAAUAUUAACUCAGACAAAGAUAAAGUGGGAAGUGUGAUAGAUACCAUGUGCAAGGUAAAUACCAUUUGCACCAUGUGCAAAGGAAGGACCAAGAUGGGUUUAAGAAACUGCAAGAAAAAUAAAGUUGUCUGGAGCACAAGAUAACAUGGAGGGAGAGAAUGAGCCUAAACGUUACUCGGCUUUCUACUUCAUGACAAUAAGGACCAUGUUCAGCAGGAAACAGAUGGCUUGCUCAAACUAGUUAAUAGGGAGAGUUAAGGAACUAUUUAUAAAGCCCCCUUUGAACUGAAAAGGAUUUGGGGAAACCAUCAGUGAAAAGUCAUGACUCCUAAGCCUGAUCACAUAAGUGAAAGGAGCAGUUAACAGAACAGAAAGGGUGGCUCUAUGGAGAAGGUUGCCUGUGAGGAGCUCUACUUUAGGUAAAAGAACACAGACAACUCUCUGUAAUCUGGUAAGGAGAGAACCAUGGAAUAAACACACAGAUCUCUGGACCUCUGAUCUUCUGCCCAUAUCUACCAUUGGUUAGACCUAAUCAGAGACUGGAUGGCAAGGGAACCCAUUGAUGUAGUCCAUAUCAGUCAGCCUUCUUGAACAAGGACAAGGAUGAAGAGUUGGAUCCAAAGGGACAUAUGAAAGAUAUCCAACACAUCACUACACCCUCAGUACCUAACACAACACCUGGCACAGAGGAGGUAUUGAAUGGUUGAAUGAGAUCAUAUAGGAAGCAGAAGCCUAAUCUUGCCGGGUUUAACUAAUUCAUGCUAAGAAAUUAGGACUUUACCUCAUAGCAGUGGAGUGCAAUCAGAACAGAGGAGAGACACAUCAGAUUUGCAUCUUAGAGGCAAAUUUGUCAAGAAUAAACUGAAGCCUUGUAGCAGAAGUAACAGGUAAAAGGCUGUUAUAGCAAUCUAGGACAGAGAUGACAACAAGAUGUUCUAAGAAAAAGGAAACAGAAAAACAAAAUGGACUUGAAAGCAUCAAAGAGUUGGGAUUGGCAGGAUAUGGCAUGAUUGAAUGGUGGGAAACAAGAAAAGGACAUAGGAAGGGGGUGUAGGAUGAAAAGAAAAGAGCUCUCAAAGACCUCUUGGGUUUGGUGUGUCUAUAAGAAACCUGGAUUUGUCAGGCAGUUUGCUAGGUGUUUGAAACUCAACAGGUAUAUGGAUUGGAGGAAGGGAUUGGACUAGAUCUGGCAAAUGAGGCAGAGACACUGUACACUUCCUGUUAGUUCUGUUUCCUGGGGUGGGGGAGGGGCAGGAAAGUGUGUUAGGUCAGAGUGGGUUAGGUUCUGUGGCAGUUGAGAAGAGCAAUGAGCCAGAAACUAGGAUGGAGAGAAGGGAAGGAAAUGCCAUGCCCUUACACAGGGUUUACAAUUCCAGCAUCCUGUGUUACCCAACAUAUAGGCCAAUUCUCCCCUACCGCAUGUACCACUUCUCUUCUAUGUCACCACACCAGCGACAGCUUCUGGAGAGGACCCAAAGCUACAUCCGCAUGUUCUGUGCUGGCCUCAUGGGCUUCAUCUUUGUCCUGCUGAUGUGCUUGUCCCCUUUACAUUGGGUGCGGUUCAUGGUAAUGAAGGACAAGAAGAAACUCUUUGCGGGGCUCUGGACUGUGUGCCACCAUGAUCUCUGCUGGAGCCACGUGCCAAAAGCACCCUACUACCUCCAAUACUCCAGGGCCUUCUUCCUCAUCUCUGCCUUCAUCAUCCUCAUUAUCAUUAUAUGGCUCAGCACCUUUCUCACCAAAGGGCCAGGAGACAAAACCCACAUAGAUCUGGGCAUGUCCAUCCUCUCUUUCAUCUCAAGCACCUGCCUACUCCUCUGCCUCAUUUUGUUCCUGAUGCAAGUGAAAUUGUACAGUAGGAACGUCUUGGAGCCCCAUUUCCUAUUAGCCUACCGCCUCAAUUGGUGGGGCAGUAUCUUCUACAUGACAGUUGGGUUCCUCUCUGGACUCAAUCACAUAAGUUCUCGGGCUACUUCUCCAGAUCAAAAUCUCCUUGUGAUUCCUAUAACAAGGACAAGAAUAGGAAAUACGGCCAGAGUAGACCGGGGGCUAACUGAAACAAACACGACAUGAUACUUUACAUGGAAAACCCGACAGACUCCACCAAAAGUCAGCUAGAACUGAUACAUAAAUUCAGCAAAGUCGCAGGGUACAAAAUUAAUGUACAGAAAUUGGUUGCAUUUUUAUACACCAGUAAUGAAGCAACAGAAAGAAAAAUAAAGAAAGUGACCCCAUUCACAAUUGCACCAAGAAUCAUAAAAUACCUAGGAAUAAACCUAACCAAAGAUGUAAAAGAUCACUAUACUGAAAACUAUAGAAAGCUUAUGAAAGAAAUUGAAGAAGAUACAAAGAAAUGGAAAAACAUUCCAUGCUCAUGGACUGGAAGAAUAAAUAUUGUUAAAAUGUCAAUACUACCCAAAGCAAUCUACACAUUCAAUGCAAUCCCAAUCAAAAUUGCACCAGCAUUCUUCUCAAAGCUAGAACAAACAUCCGACUUCGGCUCAGGUCGUGAUCUCACUGUCCGUGUGUUGGAGCCCCGCGGUGGGCUCUGUGUGGACAAGCGUGGAGCCUGGAGCCUGCUUUGGAUUCUGUGUCUCCCUCUCUCUCUGCCCCUCCCCUGCUCACGUUCUGUCUUUCUCUCUCUCUCAAAAAUAAAUAAAAAUUAAAAUAAUUAAGAAAAAACAAAUUUGACCAUUUUAAGGUUCUUUUUUUUCUUGCUUAUAAACUGCCCUCUGGAAAAGCUGUACUAAUUUGUACUCUUAUGAGUCAUCAUUCUGUUCCUGCUGCUCCUCUCAAAACUCAGAGUUGUAUAAAAUCUAUAUACCAUUUUGACAGGUGAAAGUUGUAUAUUGUUAUUAAUUUCCAUUUCAUUUACUAAUAAAGUUGCACUUUUUUGUUAUUUAUUGGACAUUUGCAUAUUAGUUUAAGUCUCUCUCUACCCCCCAAACACACAAAGUAUGUGUAUUAUUAAUUCAUGAGAUUUUAGAAUACAUUAAAGAUAAAUAACCUUUUGUCAUACACGUUGUGAAGAUUUUCCCCAUUUUGUCUUUUAUUUAUGAUUUUUUUUUUAACAGAAGGAAGCUUCAAAUUAGUCACAUCUAUUCGUCUUUUGCUUUAGAGAUUUGCCUUUGGUGCUAUCCUUGAUAAUGCUUUUCCCACUCCCAGAUGAUUAAAUAUUCACCAAUAUUUCUUGAA